GCAUCUAGCCAACUACUCGGAUUCAUUAUAGUUCGAUUGAUGUCCAAUUUACACGCAUUAAUACCUUUCACCACGUCCAGUUUAGAUGCGUUCAUUCUUCAAGAAGCCUUCAUGGGCAAGCAGGGGGGAUGAGGGAACAGACCCGAAUUUCUACCGUCAUGCUGGCCAAGUCUAUAAUGACAUUAUCACUGCCAACCGAGAAGCACGUGCUAACCGACUGUCUAUAAUGCACGCACCAGAACACGAACCAGAGCACAAAAAUUCCAAACGUCGACGUCUCUCCUGCGGACAGCCCCCCGCAGAAAGUUCAUCAGGGGGCCUCCCUCACGAUGAAGUACCGCGCAAUGUGGAAACACCGUUAAACUCUAAUGCUUCUUAUAAGCACUUACAAGAGACCAAUAACAACGAAAACAACAACGACAAUAGUUGUGGUCCAUCCGCAGGACUUUCAUCCUGUGGCAUCACAGCUGGAAUUGCAACGGAGACUGGCGUCCAGUGUUGUGAGUCACCACCUGAUGUGGAGCUCAUUCAGGGUGGGACAACCAGUGCGCAAUCAGAAGUUACGAAGGCAGUCGAUGAGAAUAAAAUAGCUUCCGUGAAAGAGUCACAUUACCAGAAUGCCCGAGAAGUUGAUGAGACUGUCACACCCCAUAAUCACAGUCUUGCCCAUAAUCAAGCAAUAGUUCAGAUCCUCAUUACCUCAAAAAUCCCAAAUACCAAACCAUUGAUUGUCCGCCGAAAAAUGAACCAACCUUUAAAGGAUGUUCGUCUAGCAUGGUGUAAUCGCCAGAAAUUCACCAAAGAAAUGCAAGAUUCGGUCUUCCUGACCUGGAAGGGUAAGAGGCUGUUUGAUGUUACUACAUGCCGAAGCCUGGGAAUCCAUACAAAAAGCGGUUACUUGAAUGAAUAUGACACAUUUCAGUUAGAUGUGGAGGAUAUACAAGUCCAUAUGGAAGCUUCUACCGAAGACAUUCUCAGCGCCGAUCUAUAUGAAUCACAGACUGUGACUGACACUAAGUCCAGUCCGGAAUAUACGUGCUGGGGCGGAGCAACUUCGUCCCCAGACAUGAUAAUAUUAAAGUGUCCUGGAUUUAGCGAUCUGAAGGUAAAGCUGAAUAUGGAGAUGCAGGUAUCAGAGCUAGUUGCUACCUUUCGUGCUGCUAGGCAGAUACCCGCAACCCGCGAUAUACAACUUGUAUUUGACGGUGACCGCUUAGAAUAUAAGGCUUAUCUUGCAGACUACGAGCUCAUGAAUAGCGAUCUUGUGGAGGUUAUGAUCAAGUGAACGAGUUACCAAGAUGUAGGUAAAAAAAUAUGUUCAAAACUCUGUUUACAAUGCUGAAUAACAGUUUGUACUAGCCCUAGAUUUCAUUAUUUAUAUUG